UUUCUUUCUGUUGUUGAUUUUUGAUUUAUUUUGACCAGUUUACUACUCACUUCACUGUUCCUCGCCAUUUAACGAUCAUUACUUGUUGCUUGCACCUUAUACUUGUCCGUCAUGAAAUACAUCUAUACACAUCUCAAGGAAUUCUUUAAAGUAUCUGAUUGGAACGAAGACAUCAAAGGCCCCUUCGGCCUCCAACCCCCUCCCGGCGAUUGGGCAGAGUUCAAGAGACGCAUAGCUGAACUACAGCAACAAUGUCCUGAAGGAGAGGGAAUCAAGGUUAUUUUUGCUGCUCGGCAUGGCCAAGCUCAGCACAACACCAUCAAAGAAAUAUACCAAAUACCGGAUGACAUAGGCCAGAUCCUUCAUCCUAUUCUUGACCCAGACUUGACAGACCUUGGCCGCUCCCAAGCAGCAGAUCUCGGAUAUGCAUUACAAAGGGAGGUCAAGAGAGGUAUGCCUCUACCCAAUAAGUGGUAUGUGAGUCCGAUGAAGCGUGCAGGGGAGACUUGCGGGAUUGAAUGGGGCUGGCUAUUCGAAGAGAAUAAAGGCAAGGGUAAAAGUCAUGGAGUACCAGCUACAGUCAUUGAGAACGUACGCGAGCACCUGCACGUCCACGAAUGUGAUAAACGAUCUUCUCUCUCUGAGCUACAGAGGGAUUUUCCUUCCUUCACAUACACUCCAGAGGUAAAGGAGGAGGACGAGUUGUGGCAGUCAGGUGAAGUUAGGAAUCGGGAAACUGAGGAAGAGCUCGUGGCUCGAUGUGGAGCAGGGAUCGCACAAGUUUUGGAUAUGAGCAACGAUUCCACCUAUAUAAGUAUCACAUCCCAUUCAGGGGCUUUAAGGGGCAUUUACAAAUCACUUGGAGUGCCUUCUCGAAACUUAAUAGUUGGCGAGAUGAACAUUUUGGUUCUUCGGGUGAAGAAGAUUGAAGAAUUAAAAAGGACAGACAAGGGAACAGGAGAAGUUACUGUUAGGGCCUAGUCAUCCUCGUCUUGUUGUACUGCAUGCUACAUCCAGUAUAUUUAUGUAUACUCUACGUG